ACGUCUCAGUCUGGACCCCACAACAGACCACCACGAGGAAAACCAAAUGAUGUAUUAGACACGACAAAUAAUCAGACUUCACAUAUAUUACUACAAUAAUGUGGCAAUGAAAGCAAUGGUCGUGCUCAUGCCACGCAAUUAUUUAAAUGACCGCGCGCGAUCCAGGGAUUAAUCGAGCGACCGUAACGUUGUGCAUUGUAACAUAGUAUUAACACCAUUUUGGACAUCAUGGAUGGCAAAUUACCGCCAUGGAAUAUUCAUGGAAGUCAUAGCAGCAGCAUUCCCUAUGCAUCAGGGGAAUGUCAGGAGGGCCGUGACUUUAUAGGAGAAUCCAUGCCGUCCCUGUCGUCUUGUAUGAGUGGAGCGUUUAGGGCUUUGUUACCAGAUUACCACGGAACAUCCUCAACAACAAAUUGUGUCAAAUAUUCCUAUUCGCCUGAUGAUCAUUGUGUAAUCAGAAGUGGUGCUGGAAUGAGUUACAUUGAGAACACGAUAGAGAGGAGGGAAAAACUGGAUUUUAUGAAAGACGAUGCAUCAGUCACACAUACGCUUCCUCUAAAGUGUACGCAGUAUGUGCCACAAGAACAGGACAGAGAAAUGGACCACGGAAACACACAUAAUUGGACGACUGUCAUCAAAGAUGCUCUAGAGAUGAGUAAUGGAAUGGAAAUUGGACAGACUUUAUCAGCGAAUGUCUGUGGCCCGCUAGUGGACUUGAAUCCUGUUUAUAAAGUACCUCAAUAUAAAGAACUUGAACCAAAUGAGAAUCAGGAUGGGCGAGAAGUUAAAAGAGGACAGGACCCCUUAUUUGCUCUGUUGUCAGAGGGCAUCAGCAAACGUUCAACAGCAAAUGUCCAGGAAAUGGUGCUUAACCAGAGGACAAACAUCUUUGCUGAAGGAUGUUCUCUAAGCCGAGAGGAACUUGGAGUAGCUGAUAUCAGAGGACAUGAAUCAGUUUCACUACCAGGAUAUUAUAGAUCACACACUCCUCAUUCAUUUGAAGGUUGUACAAGAUAUGAUGAGUUUUCAGGCAGUCCUUUCGUCAAGCAGCAUGAGGAACCCGCUCUACAGAAAACACCACAAGAACCUGGGCUAUCAUGCAGCCAUAGAAAAACCACAAAGAUUUGCUUUAAAGAUGCAAAAGUAAACCAUGAAACAGUUUCUGACAAUUCUGCUAUAUGUGGUCUUCAUAAUUUUGAUGCCCAAGAGGGCAGUCUACAGACAGAGGUUACGGAUGGAAAUACAUCAGUUAAUUCACAACCUUAUCCUUCAAACUAUAAUGAUCAAGAGGAGAUGGUUCACCAAUGUAAUCUGCAGUUUUCUGACACAAACAGCUUUGUCAGUAGACUGGACAACAAUGUGUCCACCUCACCAAAAGUAGGAUGGAUUGAUGGCAAACUGUCCAAACCGGUACGAAUUGAAACUAAAGGGUCAGUUAACACAACAAAUACUGAACUCAAUUUGAAGGUGCAGGCAAAGUUUGCUCCUGAAAUUGUUUCCUUUUCAAAUCAUAACUCAUCUUCCGUCUCAGAGAUCAUUUCAGAGCGAUCUGCUUUUUCCAACAAAAUGCACACUGAUGAUGAAUGUAAGGAUUCUAUACAAGAACAAAGCGAAAGUGACAAGGUUUGUUUUCAAGAGAACCAUUUGAAGAGUGAGACAGUGACAUUAGAGUCCAAAGAUGUCAAAACGGAUGUAUGUGACCUUCAUGUUGAGGAGAAACAAUACCCAGCAGAUCAAGGUACUGCACUCGCCCCAUCUGGAGUAAAAACACAAAAUUCUGAAAGUUGUGAACAGACAUUAUUAAACAAUGCUAAAGAAAGCAGUUAUCAUUCAACUUUACAUAAUCUACAGAACAUAUUGCAAAAAUACAAGAAAACAAGAAAACAAAAAAAAUCAGAACUUGAGAAAUUAAAUGGAUGGAUAGAUAAAUCUACUAAAAUAGGUCACUGUUCUCUGCAUGAUUCAGAGACAUUGGCUGGUGCUGUGAAACAAGAUGAAAGUAGAUGUGAAUUAGCUGAACAUGACAUGACUACAUUGGAAAGGGACAACUUACUUAAAUAUGAUGUAAACCCACCUUCACAGAGUGGAAAAAUAACUCCAAAGAAAAGCAAAAUUAUGCCUGUGGAGGAACAUUUUGUUACACCGAGUAAUGUACCUGAAUUACCAUGCGUUUCACUUCAUCAACCUGAGAGGAUGGCAGACACAGCAGAGACCUCACAAAACCCUGUUCACAGCAGCUCUGAAGGUUUUCAUGAAAAGCAAACACCAGAUGCUGGGAAAAUAAUUCAAAUGGAUAAUAGGAAUAAACCAUCACAACCCGUCAGAAAGGCUAUUUACGGAAGGAAACGGAAGAGGAUUUCAAAGUCGCGUUUAAAAGCAAAAAUCUCAACUAUUCUUAGCGUGUCCCAAAGCAAUAUGUCAUCUCUAGAAGAGCACUUUACAUCACAUUCUCAGGUUAUAUCUAGUCUACAGAGCAGUAAUAUUGAUUGCAAACAAGCAAUUUCACGAAAAUCCCCAAACAAGAAAACUUUGCAAACAAUAGAUGAAGCUCAACACACGUUACAAAGCAGCGAAGAUUCACCUCAAACAUCCAAAGACUGUCAAACUGGAACUCGGGAUGAUAUUCCCAUUUCUCUUGAGGCUGACCACAUGGGCUUCAACGUAAAGAAACUUCAGAAGGCAAGAAGACCUGCUAUAAAGGCUUUUGUGGACAAAAAUGAUACAACUAGUCUUCUAAAUGGAGAAUCUUUAGUAGACUCUGUUAGUCAAACUGAUUCAACCUCGCCGACAGACUCCUCAAACAUUCAGAGCCCUCAGAAUAACCAGAGGAAACCUAGACAAAAGAAAAGAGCAGAUGUCAAUGAGGCUGCUGAAACAUUCCAAGACAGUCCAGCAUUGUUCCAACAAGAGCAUACCUCAUCGCCAUUAUCAAAAUUGAAGGAAAACAUGGAAAUGACCAAGGCCACAAAGUCUGUGAAAGGAAAAAGACCUUUAAGAAAGAAUGUAAGUGAUGAUCACGAAACCGCUCUUUUGGAUGUACAGACUUUCGCAGCCACUCUGGAGCAAGAUUUACUUUCAACUGCAGAAAGCGAAGCAUCUGGCAAAAAAGUCUCAAAAUCUGCUGCUUCUUUGUUAGAUUCUAGUCCUGAAAAGACAAUGAAAGCCAGAAGAUAUUCUAAAAACCAUCUCAAUAGUUGUUUGGCGGAAGAAACAUCUUUAUUAUCAACUGUGUCUCAAGAAAACUCAAUUUCACCCCUAAAAAUUGACUCCUCGAGCAGGCCAAAGAAGUCAAGAAAAAAGACGGUCACCAAAAUCAAAGAUGAGGAAGAGCAAACAAUAGAGGUAAACCAUACUGCGUACCAGCAGGAAGAUCUGUCUGAGAUACCUGAUCCCAUCAUUGCGUCUUCUGCUGCACAGAUUACUUUAAAAUCCAAAAUACCUGCCAAAAAGGGGAGUAGUCACCAACUGGAGAAUGAACACCCAAGUGCUCUUUGGAACAUGCAGAAACAAGAAGACUGCGUUCCAACAUCAUUUGUUCACACAACACCAAAAAAAUCCAAGAAAGUCUCUGAUAUUAAAGAUAAUGCAAUGCAUAUACCCACAGAUGAUCAAACAAUGCCCCAACAAAACAGAUCAUCUCUACUUCAAGAAUCUGAAGCCAGCAUUGUUCCUCUGAAGAAAAGAAGAUUCAGAACACCGCAAACACUUGUUACAAAUUAUUCGCUUUACACAGCCAGUUCUGUUCAUUCAAAUGAAGUGAUUUCUCCAGCCAUUGGGAAUCCAGCUCCAGUCACAGAAACAGACUAUUUUAAUGUGUUCAAUCAACAAAACAUAGUAAAGAUGAAAAGAUCAACAAAAAAAGUGACAAGACGCAAAAAAAAUAUGAUUCAAGCAAUCAGCAGUUUCGAAGAACUGUCCUGUCCACCAACUGAGCAGAAACUAAAUUCUGUUGUUACCAGAGAGAAAAAAAAGAAUCCAACACUAGAUCAUCAAUUUGAGAAGGACAUUGUGAAUGGAACAGCAAGUCAGGGAGAAAGUCGUAUGUUUGUUUCUACUGAAGAUGUUACAAGCAUUCAGAGCUCACCGAAGAAGCCAAAGAAAAACUGGCUGAAGCAAAUAGAAAAGAAUGAGCCAGAAUUACAUCAUAGCAUUACUGAAACAGCAAAUAACUUUAAGCCAGCGCAGGAAGUAGACACAUUGUCAAAUCUGCCAUCUUUUUUGAAGGAGUCCGUCUCUGUGACGUCAGAACCAAACAGCUUUGAGCAGAAGUGGAAGGCUGCUAAAAGGAAAUCGAAUAGGUCCAAGUUAAUUACAGAAACAAAUGGAUUUUGUGUUUCGUUGUCUGAAAAAACUCUUUACCAUACUAAAAUAAAAACUGAAGCAGUUGAGACGGAUGUUAUGGUCACCCAUAGAAACGUGCAGAAUUUCUCUGAUGGUCAGACCGUGAAAGAAUUACAGUCCUCUGAAAAAGAUGGUUCUGAGGUUGACCAGAAGGACGGCUCAAUCAAACACGAGCCUACAUUAAAAAGACCCAAAUUAUUUAAAGCUCCGAAGAAGAAGAAACGAAAAGCUGCUAAAAAUAAGAGGAAAAUACCUCACAGAAUUAAAAAAGAGCAUGAAAUAGACACAACCUAUAACAGAAUUGCCUGUGAUGUUCAUAGCCAAAUAUCUGAUAACACAACGAAGACAUCAGUUCUACCAGAAGAGCCAGUGAUGUCAAAUAUGUUCAUCUCAAGAAAGUCAACCCGCAUAGGAAUAAUCAACUCAUGUCUAGAUGUUAAAACUGCAUCAGACCAGGUCAACAGCACAGCCACUAUAGACAUCACUGAGAGUUCUACAAGACUAAAGGAGAGUCUGUCUAGUUCCGUGCAAGCUGAAGAUUGUAAAGAACUAAACAAUGUCCCUGGGAUUUUAAUAAAGACAAUGAAACGAGGGAGACCCAGAAAACACAAGCUACCAGUAGCACAUUUAGAAGAAAACAUCCAGGUCUCAGAUCUCUUUUCAUGUCAAGACAGCACUGAGAAUACCAUCCAAACAGCAACUAAUCCAGUCAAGCUGAAUGUUGUUCAACACCUUAAAAAGAAACGGGGAAGAAAAAUGAAGAAAAUGUUAUCUGUUAAACAGUUAGAAACUGAUCCCUCACAACAGAGUGUUACUGAGCCGAGUAACACAACUUCAUCACAGAGUGUCUGUAGACGUGGACGUAAAAAGAAGAACUUGAAAGCACCAGGUAGAAACAUCAGGUUGUCCUAUUUGAGAGUAUCCAGCAGAAUAUCCGAUCAGGGAAAAGCUGAAACACCUUCAAUCCAACAAAAUUCUACAGAAGUGUUGAAGAAGGUAUCGUUGAAAACCUCUAGACGGGGGACAGGGAUGAAACAAAAACUCAGUGUCAAAACAACAAUACAAGAAGAAGUUGUGACGGAUGUAAAGAUUGAACAGAUGAAUCGUAGAAAACCGGGUCGGAGAGGACGACCAAGGAAAGUGCGGUAUUUUGAUGAUUUACAAACCCAACUUCAACCAACGCAACAAUUAAAUGAUGAAAUGUGUGGCUUACUUCCUAGUAAUUUGGUCAAGGAGGAGGAGCCAGAACAUAUUCUUUUGGAUGCAAAAAUCAAAGCAUGUACUCAUCUGAGAUCAGAAAAAACACCCGAGACUGAAAUUGCUAAUACUGUUGUGAAAGUCGAUGGCUUUACUCAGUACAGUGAAAAACAUGUUGCAAUGCCAAACAAGAAAAUUGUCUCCAAGACUAAAGAAAACACAAAGAAACCUCUGACUUGCAAAUACUGUGGCGUUUCAUUUCGGCACAUCACAGCAUUCGUCAUGCACCGGCGCAUUCAUACAGGUGAAAAGCCCUACAACUGCAAGUCCUGCGGUAAGACUUUUGCUCAGCUGUCUAAACUGAAAUCCCACCAAAACGUACAUAAGCAAAGUGACGCUUUCCCAUGUCCUUGCUGUAACCAAACAUUCUCGAAGAGACAAGAUUUGCUGUGUCAUUUUAAAGUGCAUCUUCAAGAAGUGAAAACUAAAUCUGAGCAGAAGGAGAGAGCUACUUCUUCGGUAGCGUCUUCAAAAAAGCUAAACGUCUGCCACGUUUGCAAAAUCUGUAAGAAAAACUUUGUAAGCCAAGUCAAGCUGCAUACUCACAUGGAAGUGCACGAAGCAGAGAAGCCUUGGACAUGUAAAGACUGCGGGAAGAGGUUUUGGAAGUCUUGCAGCCUCGCCGUUCACGAGAAAAGCCACUGGCCUGUUAAGCCGUAUGCUUGCUCGAUCUGCGGGAAAGGUUUCCACCUGCUCAAGGCACUGAAAAAGCACUCACGAGAGCACACAGGCGAGACCCCGUUCUCCUGCAGUCACUGCGGCCACGCAUUCAGUGCCCUGUCUGCGCUUAGGAUGCAUCAAGCGUCCAAAACGUGUGUAGCGAAGAGAAGUGAUGGGGAGUGCUGUGACGUUGAGGGUUUCAUUGUGAGUCAAGGAGCGGAGGGUCAAGUGAACACACCGGUUUUCUUCAAGUGCCAAAUAUGCAAACAGCUCUUCAAAAAAUGGUGCCAGUACACUCUUCACCUUCAGACUCACACCAGUUCAUCUCCAUACCUUUGUUUUUCUUGCGGACAGUGUUAUGAAAAGGGUACAGAGGUCAAUGUUCAUUGUGAGGUGUGCUGCCAGUCGAGCGGGGAGGAGAAAACAUGUGGAGGGUCAGUCUCUGAAAUCAUGCAACGCUCUGAAUUGCGUUCAAACAAUGCCUCGGAUUCUUUACAGUGUACAGGAGAAGGGGAAUGUACACAAGUGACCAAUGACCUUCCAGAAUUUUUGAGAAGAGAUGCUCACGAAUCACCCAUCCAACGUCCAACUGCCCAAUCACCAGCUCGCUCUGAAAUAAGCUGUACUUCCUCUCUAGAAUGUAUUGAAAUCUCUCCAAGCCUUUGGAAAUUUCAGUGUUCACGUUGCGGUCAGCGUUUCGAGCGAUACAGAACGUUAUGCGCUCAUAUGCAUACCCACGCUCCCGCUUUCAGAUACACCUGCGCACAUUGCGGACAAUCCUUCGAGCGGUGGAGUAAACUUUGGUUGCAUCAGCGACGUCAUCUCGUGAAAGGCCGUUGCUACUCUUGCGCACAGUGCAGUCUGCAGUUUCGCUUUUUUAGCUCUUACAAAGAGCACAUGUUCGAGCACGCGGGUCAGAGACCGUACGCGUGUCCGCUCUGUCCCGAAACCUUCAUCCAGGAGGAAAGCUUACAUGCUCACCAAUACGAGUCUCAUCAGCUUCGUGAAAGUCUCAAGUGUGACGUCUGUUCUAAGACCUUCAGUAGUUUAAGAAACUUAGUCAAGCACAGUCUUCUGCACAACGGUUCUACCUCUCACGCUUGUCUCCUUUGCGGUCUCCCGUUCACAAAUACUAGAGCAUUACAGCAACACUUGAACAAGCAUGCCGGUUAUUACGGACUUCCGCUGCCCGACGUCCCCUCAAAACCGCUUAGUUUCCCCCAUCAAUGCAAGAGAUGCAAAGCUGGUUUCUCGACUGGAGAUUUGCUCUACGCUCAUCAGAUAUGUCAUUCAAGGAAUGCAAGAACUAAAGUCCGUCCAGAUGUUCAGUCUACCUCAAAAGCAUCAUAUAUAAAAUCCCGCUCUCAAAAAAAUCACUUAUCGAACCUCAAGCUGGAUGGCGUACCCAGCGAUAAAAGCCUGUAUGUUUAUUCCCACCCUGACAGGCUCUAUCUGACCCCUAGUUUAUUCCGAGAAAGACAUCCAGUCAUUCGUUUGGACUCUAAUGGAGACAUCUCCGACUCUCAGAAUACCAGUCCAGAUAUAAACUCAAAUCCAUCAUCCAUCAGUGAAGAAUCUGCGGUCCACUCUCAAACUGACAGCACACAUCUACCUCAGGAAAACAUAAACUCAGAGUCAAGCAUUAAAGACAGGGCAAAUGAUAGCAUUCAGAAUACAAAUAAAACCAGUCAUAAGCAUCAGAGGUCUGGGUUUGUGGAGACCAGCAUUAACAUGGAGCUUGAAACUGUCCAUGAAGAGUCAGAGGAGAGCUUUGAAUGUGCAGAUUGUACUGAAAAACUAACCAGUGUUUUGGGCCUUUACGAACAUUACAUACUACAUGCAUUUGGGGACACAUAUGUACAAGUACAUUGAUGGUUGCUAAAGGUCUUUUCAAAGUAUUGACAGAAGGUAGUUGAUGUUUAACAUGUUAUUUUUGAAAUGCAUGUUUUUGUAAGAAUUCGCUGACAUGUAUCAACACUGUUCUCUGUUUCACAAUUCUGACGUUUGGUUUGCUUUUGCAUUCUUAAAACAGAUACUGGCAUACAUUGUCAUAUGCUUUAGUUGACUUAUUUGUUCUUGAUGACAAAAGGUACAAUAACAAGCUCUUUAAACCCUCAGGUUUAUGAUUUGAAGUAUUUUAACAGGUUGUGAAAAGUUAAUGCUUUCUUUCCACUUAUGUCACUUUGCCUUUUCAGUCAUUGCUGUGCUGUCCAUUCAUCUAGAUCUCUCCAUAUGUGCCUUCAGUGAAAGGUUUUGGUGUGAGAUUUAAGCUUUACGGAUACAUAUAUAUAUAUAUAUAUAUAUAUAUAUAUAUAUGGUUCAUACAUUAAGGUCAUUUAAAGGAUUUGUAAAUAGCGUCGCUUAGACCUACACAACUCUAACCUGCUAGUCCUGCCCAUGUUUUCAGCACAUUCCAGAAUAUUUUGUAUAAUUGAAAAAGAAGUGUUUGGAUAAGGAAGAGGUUUUCCCAGACCAUUCUUAUAGGAAUCUAGGUGGCAAAUAUACAAAUAUUGUAGACAUGAAAAUGUGUAGUUCAGCAAACAUUAUAUGCCUGGAAAAAGUUAGCUAUGAAAGGACUGGUUUGAAAGAGACCAUUCACAGUUUUGAUUUUUAAAUAAAAGUACUUAUCUUUU